AUGACGUUCUCACAUAUUCCAAUUACAGGAGGCUACGUAUUCAUUGAAUCAUCAGCACCUCGAGCUCCAGGGCACCUGGCUUGGUUAAUUAGCGAACAAUUCCAACCAUUUAAUUCUGGUGUUAAGUGUUUCAAUUUCUGGUAUAACAUGAAUGGUAAUGGCAUUGGAACUCUGAAUGUCUAUAUUGAUGAUGCUGCUAACACUACUCAUACCUUACUGUGGUCACAGACUGGUAAGAAGGGAACAGCGUGGUUAAAUGGUCAAACACCUAUACCAAGACAGAGUAAAGCUUAUAUGCUAAGGUUUGAAGCUACUCGUGGACCAACGUAUUAUGGUGAUAUAGCUCUAGAUGAUAUCUCAAUCACACCAUUCAAAUGUAAUGUGCAACCAGCCGCAGCUGACCCCAAGACGAUGACACAACCACCUGUUACAAUUGGUUCCACAACUCCAGCACCUUUUGUAAAACAAUCCCAAUUUGAUUGUGACUUCGAGAAGGACUUGUGUACUUGGACUCAAGCCAAAGAUGAUAUAUUUGAUUGGACACGAGCUCAAGGACCAACUGGAUCUCGACUAACAGGACCCACCAACGAUCACACUAAACAAAAUAACAAUGGGUGGUAUAUGUUUAUUGAAACCUCGGCACCACGUAAAGUUAAUGAUACGGCUAGACUUGUAUCGAUGACAGCUCAAGCUAAACAAGCUUACUGCUUACAGUUCUGGUAUCAUAUGUACGGUCCUCAUGUCAAUCAACUGGGUGUUUAUCUCAAGAUCAAUGGAAAGAUUGGAUCACCAGUAUGGAAGAAGGGUAAAUCACAGGGUAAUAAAUGGGUCUUUGCUGAAUACCAGAUAGCUAACCAAUCCAACCAGUUUAACAUUGUGUUUGAAGGAGUACGAGGCCCAUCUUAUCGUGGUGAUAUAGGUCUUGAUGAUAUUAAGGUACUCACUGGUGCCUGUCCAAUACCAGAUCAGAUAUCCUGUUCAUUUGAGGAUCCAAAGAUUUGUGGUUGGACUCAAGGAAAGAAUGAUAAAUUUGAUUGGACAAGACAUAGGGGCAGAACAGGAUCUUCUUUUACAGGACCGACUGUUGACCAUACCGUUGGCACUUCCAAAGGAUAUUACAUGUAUAUUGAGACCAGUUCUCAAAGAAAUGGUGACUCUGCACAUCUGAUCAGUCCACAAGUUACGUCUACAGAUGUCAAAUGUCUCCAGUUCUACUACAACAUGUAUGGUUUACACAUUGGUACCCUGAACGUCUAUUUACUAACAAGUCAAGGCAAUACGACCGUUUGGUCUAAAUCCAAAAAUCAGGGUACAGCAUGGAUUGUGGCUCAAGCAACAUUAAAUCCAACACAAGCCUACCAGGUUGUUUUUGAAGGUGUUCGAGGAGUGGGUUAUAAAGGUGAUAUAGCAAUUGAUGAUGUUACUGUCAGCAAUGGACCAUGUUCUCUGCCAGGGAAUUGUGAUUUUGAGAAGAGAUUCUGUACAUGGACAAACCCUACAGCUGGUGACAACUUCAAUUGGAUCAUAGGUCAAGGGCGAACAUCUUCAAGAUAUACUGGACCCAGUGCAGAUCAUACCGUGUCUACUUCAACAGGACACUAUGCCUUUAUUGAAUCUUCCUCACCACGAAAACCUGGAGACAGAGCAUGGUUGAAGAGUAUGCAGUUCUCAGGAUCAAAGGCGCCCAAAUGCUUGAGUUUCUGGUUCCAUAUGUAUGGUGUAACAGUAGGGACAUUAAACGUAGUAUACUUACCAACAGAUGGUAGUGCAAACAGUACUAUCUGGUCUUUGACAACAGAUCAUGGCAAUUUAUGGAUUCAAGGACGUGUCAGUAUUGCUAGCAUCAAACCAUACUUUAUAAUAUUUGAAGGAGUACGAGGCAGUGGUUUUAAAGGAGAUAUUGCUCUAGAUGACAUCACAUUUACUAGCUCCUACUGCACAGUUUUACCACAAGAUGCUACAGCUGGAGUAGUAACUCUAGUACCAACACCUUCACCAACUCCUACUGUUCCCUCUGUUCCAACACCAUAUGACUGUAAUUUCGACACUGACUUCUGUAAAUGGAAUCAAUCAACCCAUGACGAUUUUGACUGGUCUCGGGGAAAUAGAUUUACAUCAUCUGGUGGAACUGGACCUACUGCAGAUCAUACUCAAGGAAAUAGCCAAGGAUAUUAUGCCUUUAUAGAGGCAUCAUAUCCUCGAAAAGAGAAUGAUACAGCCAGGCUUUAUUCACUACCAAUCGGCUUCACACAAGGUUCAUGUAUAUCCUUCUGGUAUCAUAUGUAUGGUCCACACAUCAAACAAUUAUCUCUGUACACCAUACCAGUCGAUUUCUCAAACAAUGGCUCCAAGGUAUGGACCCUGACUGGAUCACAGAGUAAUGCAUGGAAACAGGCUCAAGUAGAUGUCACCAGCCAGAAUCAUUUCAGAAUUGUUUUUGAAGCUGUUCGAGGUAAUGGAUAUCUAGGAGAUAUAGCUAUAGAUGAUAUUCAUUUUACAAGGACACCGUGUAAAAAAACUACAGUGAGAAUGUGUGAUUUUGAGGAUAAUAAAAUCUGUGGAUUCAAACAACGUACAGAUGAUAAGUUUGAUUGGACGUGGUCAACUGGACGUACUUCAAGUUCUUUCACUGGUCCUGCUAGUGAUCAUACUUAUGGCACUUCCAAGGGUCAUUACAUUUAUACUGAAGCAAGCAGUCCAAGGAGAUCAGGAGAUAAUGCAAAGAUAGAAUCUGUACCACUAAUUGCUACCAGUGGUCAAUGUCUUUCAUUCUGGAUCCACAUGUAUGGUAGUAACAUGGGAAUUCUGAAGCUUUGGCAAAAUGAUCUUCUUACAAAGAAAUCUAAAAUUAUCUGGACACAGUCAGGAAACCAUCCUAACAGAUGGAUACCCAUCUUUCAAACUCUGAAGAGCAACAAUAAUUUCACAAUAAUGUUUGAGGGGCAGAUUGCUGGCUACAGGAGUGAUAUGGCAAUUGAUGAUUUAAAACUAAAUGAAGGAGGUUGUCCAUCAGCAGGAAAUUGUGAUUUUGAGAAUGGAUUAUGUGGUUGGAGCAAUCCUUCCGGAUCUGCUGAUAAAUUUGACUGGAUAAUUGGUAGAGGACAAACCGGAAGCCAAUUUACUGGACCAACGUUUGAUCAUACACAGCAAUCAGGGCUAGGACACUAUAUGUUUAUUGAAGCUAGUCGUCCACAGAAAAAGGGAGACUUUGCCUAUCUUGAAAGUCCUUAUAUGAACGGAAAGACAGUGGGAUGCUUCACCUUCUGGUAUCAUAUGUUGGGAGAUGGCAUUGGUAGCCUGCAAGUUUACACUGUAGUUGGCUCACAAGUUAACUUUGUAUGGCAGAUAACUGGCAACCAAAAAGAUCAGUGGAACUUUGGAAAAAUUCCAUUGAAACUUACAAGCAUGUUUAAGAUCAGAAUAAGUGGAACCGUUGGAACAAACUAUAAAGGAGAUAUAGCCGUUGAUGAUUUUGUUAUUCAAGCUGAUGUCUGUAACUUACAACCGUCUUCCGCCGAUCCCAAGACUCAGACAACGACAUCCACCAUGCCUACUUCUACAGUUUCACCUUCUCCGACACCAGUGGCCACCGUAUAUGACUGUAACUUUGAACAAGGUUUUUGUAAAUGGAGUCAAGAUAAAGAUGAUGUUUUUGAUUGGACAAGAACUCAAGGUGGUGGAAGGACUAUGGGACCUAUCACAAUAGAUCACACAACAGGCACAAGUAAAGGAUGGUAUGCGUACAUUGAGACAUACAAGAAACAUUAUAACGACACGGCAAGAUUAGUUAGUGCCAGUAUUAACGACGCCAGCCCAAGAUGUUUGUCAUUCUGGUUUAACAUGUAUGGUGCUCAGAUCAAUGCUUUAAAUGUGUACUACCAAUCUGGUGGGGGAGCGAGAACUAUUCUCUGGACUCGUCGGGGAAGUCACGGAAACACUUGGUAUGCAGCUAGAAUGACUAUCCAACCACCAACACCAUAUAAUGUUGUAUUUGAGGGUGUGACUGGAAGAGGAUAUAGAGGAGAUAUAGCUAUAGAUGAUCUUAGAAUAUCAACUGGUGCUUGUCCAGGGUCUGUAUCGUACAAAAGGAUGUGUAAAUUUGAAGAUAAGAAUAUAUGUGGAUACACUCAGAACUCUGAUGAUGAUUAUGAUUGGACAUGGAAAAGAGGGCGAACCACCAGCUCCGGAACUGGACCUUCCACUGAUCAUACUUAUCGUACUCCUUAUGGUCAUUAUAUGUAUGUUGAAAGUUCUGGAAGACAGGUUAAUGAUUCAGCUCGAAUAACCAGCCCUGAAUACCAAAACCCUGAUGGAUCUGAACUAUGUAUGACCUUCUUCUAUCAUAUGUACGGUAAAUCAAUUGGUACUUUAAAUGUGUAUGUAAAAGACCGAACACAAUCGACCGCAUCUUUGGCACCGGUAUGGAGUCGAGCCUAUAAUCUGGGAAACGUGUGGCAAGAAGGAAAUGUCAACAUCUACCAAUCAUCUGAUUUCCAUGUUGUGUUCGAGGGUAUUAGAGGAACGAGCUAUACUGGAGAUAUUGCCAUUGACGAUGUGUCUUUCAAAGCUGGAGAGUGUCAAAAACAAGGUUACUGCUCCUUUGAGAAUGAUUGGUGUGGAUGGCGUAAUUUAAGACCGGGAGAUAACUUUGAUUGGUUGAGAGGUCGAGGUCGAACAUCAUCCAUCAACACUGGACCAUCGACUGACCACACCACGUCCAAAGACACUGGCUACUAUCUGUACAUUGAAUCAAGUCGACCAAGAAAACCAUUAGACUUUGCACGAUUCCUAUCACCGGUAUUCAAAGCUGCGAAGACGGAUGUGUGUUUCUCCUUCUGGUCUCAUAUGUAUGGAUCUGAUAUUGGAACUCUGAAAGUCUCAGUUUUAACCAACACGUCCGCUGAUACCACCACGACAGAAGCUACUAUUUGGACUUUAUCUGGAGAAACUGGAGAUCAAUGGUUUUCAGCUCAAGCUCCAAUUCCUGCCAAAUUUACACAGAAUCCAUUUAUGAUUGCAAUAGAUGGUAUCGAAGGUACAGGUUAUCAAGGAGAUAUAGCUCUGGAUGAUUUUGCUGUUGCCUACACCUCCUGUAGCAUAGUUCCUAGUUAUGCUGAUCCUACAUCUGCUGGAACCGGAAAUUCAGAUUGUGCGUUUGAUGAUCAAACUAUUUGUGAUUGGACACAAAGUAAAUCUGAUAAAUUUGAUUGGACGAUUAAUAAUGCUACUACUGAAUCACGUGGUACUGGACCAUCAGCAGAUCACUCCGGAAUGGGAUUUUAUUUGUAUUUGGAAGCUUCUAAUCCUAGGAAAUUGAACGAUACAGCAUUGUUGGUUUCUCCGAAGAUCUCUCCCAGCACGACCAGCUACCAAUGUUUUACUUUGUGGUACCAUAUGUAUGGUCCUCAUAUUGGGACUCUGAAUGUGUACACGACAAUAAAUGGUCAAAAGACUCUGAGUUGGACACGAUCUGGUACUCAGGGUAACCAGUGGCAACAGCUGCAACUCUCUAUCAACAGCUCAACCAACUAUCAGGUUUCUAUAGAAGGAGUGGUUGGUAAAGGAUGGUUAGGAGAUAUAGCUAUUGAUGAUAUACAUAUUGAUAGCGACCAAUGUCCUAAAUCCAAAACCUGUGACUUCGAGACCGAUUUAUGUGGAUACACUCAAGACACCAAUGAUCAGUUUGAUUGGACAAGAAAUAUCAGAUCCACCCUUAGUUAUGCUACUGGACCAAACGGUGAUCACACAGAAGGUGUUAAAUCAGGUCACUAUAUGUACACUGAAGCAUCACGACCUCGCAAAUUUGGUGAUAUUGCCAGACUCAUUUCACCAACGUACUCACAAACCGGCACAGAAUGUCUGCGGUUUUAUUAUAAUAUGUAUGGAACCACCAUGGGUAAAUUGAAUGUGUAUCUCAGAUCUAAUGGACAAAACGGUCAACCUGUGUGGAAGCUGUCUGGAAAUCAAGGUCGUGCCUGGUUGAAAGCUCAAGUCACUCUGUCAGCUGUGGCGUCGAAAUAUCAGGUUGUGUUCGAAGGACAGAUUGGAUCCAGCUACUAUAGUGAUAUGGCUAUUGAUGACAUCACUAUUUUACCAGACGCAUGUCCAAAACCCGCUUCCUGUACUUUUGAAAAUGAUAUAUGUGACUACACCAACGUUAAAGGCGACGAUUUUGAUUGGACAAGAGGAAAGGGGGCUACAAACAGUCACUUUACUGGUCCUCAAGUUGAUCAUACUACAAAUUCAGUAUUCGGUUAUUACAUGUUUAUUGAAGCCAGUAACCCCAUCCAGACAGGUAAUAAAGCAUGGCUGAUGUCAGACCCUAUACCUGCAACUCAGGCUUCUUGUGUUAGAUUCUGGUACAACAUGUACGGUAGUGGCAUCGGAAGUUUGAAUGUGUAUACAGUUAUACCAUCAAUGCAACCACAGAGAGUCUUCAAUGUAUCUGGUAAUAAAGGUAAUUUAUGGCUCAUGGCUUCAAUAGAUGUCUCAAGCCCUAAGACAUUCCAGUUAAGAUUUGAGGGAGUGAAAGGGAAAGAUUACAGAAGUGAUAUUGGUAUUGAUGAUAUUAGUGUCAAUGUUGGAACUUGUGCCAGUAUACCAGUUACUCUAACACCACCUGUCACAACUCCUCAACCAACAGCAGCAACAUUGAUAGGAUGUGAUUUUGAGAAAAACAAUCUGUGCACAUUUACCCAGGAUACAACAGAUGAUUUUGAUUGGAGCCUUAACAAGGGACAAACCGGCAGUUCAGGAACUGGUCCUCCAUUUGAUCAUACUCAACAGAAUAACAAAGGUCAUUACAUCUAUAUUGAAACUUCUGGCCAGAAAACUUCAGCUGCAGCCAGAAUUAUCAGCCCAACGCUCAAUACACAAUCCUCUACUUGUGUUACGUUUUGGUACCAUAUGCUUGGACGCCAUGUCAACUCAUUAAAGAUGUACAUCAAAAAGGGAACCACUCUAGGACUACCAGAGUGGGUGAAGACUGGUGAUCAAGGUAACAAAUGGGUGUAUGCUACUGUUGAAAUUGGUCCACAAAGUGGAACACAGAUGGUCUUAGAAGCUACCAAAGGAACUGGUUACCAAGGCGAUAUAGCUGUUGAUGAUAUCAAGAUAUUAAAUGGACCAUGCCCUGCACCUGCUUUCUGUGAUUUUGAAGAUACCAACUUAUGUGGAUAUAGACAGGAUCAAAAUGAUGAUUUUGAUUGGACAAGACAAUCACAAGGAACAUCAUCUAGAGGAACGGGGCCCACCAAUGAUCAUACUUAUGGUACAAGAAUUGGUCACUACAUGUACAUAGAAGUAAGUGGAAAAACACUAAGUGGUGCUAUUGCUAGAAUCUUCAGUAAAGACUAUCCACCAACAAGUGGCAAAUGCCUGUCAUUCUGGUACCAUAUGUACGGAGGAGAUAUUGGAACGCUGAAUGUGUAUCUGGGAAAAUCUAAUAAGAAAGGAACACCAGUAUGGAACCUGUUUGGCGACCAGGGUAAUAUGUGGAAACAAGGCACUGUAGAAGUCACAAGUCAAGAAACUUUCCAGAUAAUUUUUGAAGCUAUAACAAGUGGAGGAUAUCGUGGAGAUAUUGCUAUCGAUGAUAUCCAACUUAGCGAUGGUACUUGUCUCUCUAAGGCUUCUUGUGAUUUUGAAGAUGAUUUCUGUUCCUGGACUCAACUUGCCUCUGAUCAGUAUGAUUGGAUUAGAAACAGUGGUUCUACUCCAUCACGAGGAACUGGUCCUUCAAAAGAUCAUACACUUGGUUCCCGUACAGUACCAAGGAAUCAAAACUUUUCCUGUGGUGAUGAUGCCAAUACAAUUAUUCCUAUGUCCAAAGUUUGUGAUUUUAUCAGAGACUGUCCUAACAUCUUGGAUGAACUUAAUUGUGGUGAUUGUGAUUUUGAAGCUGAUACAUGCGGGUGGAAUGAUGACAGUACAGGUAGCUUCCAGUGGUCUCGAGGAUCCAAUCAAACAGCUACCAGUAAUACUGGUCCAGCAUUUGAUCACACCUUUAACAGUCUAAAAGGAUCUUACAUGUAUGUGGAUGCAAGUUUAGGCAAACGUGGAAGUAUUGCUGAAAUUGUCUCACCAACAUUAGGUGAUUGUAGUUCAACCUGUCAGCUGAAUUUCUGGUACCAUAUGUAUGGUAGAGGAAUUGGACAUUUGACUGUUGUUCUACGGGAAGGAUUUGAAGACACUAUUCUAUGGACUAAAAUCGGUAACCAGGGCAACAAAUGGAAUCAAGUAGUCGUUGAUAUUGGCAGAGUCUCAAGAUCAUUUAAAAUUAUAUUCCAAGCAACAAGAACUUACAGUGUAUUGGGAGAUAUUGCUAUCGAUGAUGUAGACUUUAUCAACUGUAAUUACUCACCUGUGAAGAAAACAUGUUCAGGAAAUGAAUUCAGAUGUAAACGAGGAUCUUGUGUAUCACAGAAUCAAGUUUGUGAUUUCGCUGAUGACUGUGGAGAUGGAAGUGACGAAAUGAACUGUCAAAACUACCAACCACGUUGUGAUUUCGAAAGAAGUUUCUGUCAAUGGAGUCAAGCUAAAGACGAUGAUUUUGACUGGAUAAGAACUAAAGGUGAAACAGCUUCAAGAGGAACUGGCCCAACAAGAGAUCACACAAAGGGAACAAAAUCAGGGCACUAUAUCUACAUUGAAACCUCUAGGCCACAAAAACAGGGUCAGAAAGCUCGAAUCUACAGUCCAACCUUCUCUAGAACUCUUCCUUCUCCACCUGGAGCACAAGUCUGUACUUUGAGAAUCUUCUACCAUAUGUUUGGACGUUCAACUGGAGCGUUGAAUAUUUACACGAGACAAACGCUUGGCAGUACCAUGGCCCUGAAAUGGUCUAAAUCUGGUAACAUUGGAGACUACUUUGAGAGACUUGAUUUACAACUUUUGGAAACUGCAGAUUUCCAGGUGGUAAUUGAGGCCACUGUUGGGUCGAGUUAUUUAGGUGAUAUAGCACUUGAUGAUAUCUCAUUUUCCUCUGGUUGUUCCGUCACAGCUACAACCCUAGUCUCCGGAUCACCUUUACCGGCAACCACCAGCAGCCCAUGUAGUGUGUCACAGUUCCAAUGUAAUGAUGGAAACUGUAUCAGUCAACAGUUCGUAUGCGAUUUUACACCUACUUGUAAUGAUGGAUCUGAUGAACUGAUGUGUGGUACUUGUGAUUUUGAAAGAGAUUUAUGUGGAUGGACUGAUAUGAGUACUGGUAAAUACAGGUUUGAUCUUGGUUCGGGAGCUUCAACAUCACAAGCAACUUAUCACGGUCCUGCUACAGAUCAUACUACUAACACCAAUAAAGGACGAUAUAUAUAUCAGAAAUCAGGUAGUGGUGUAUUUAAAACAAGAGCCAAGUUAGGAUCGCCAGUAUUUGGUCAGAUAGGUCCAGCAUGCCAGAUGAAAUUCUCGUAUCAUUUGCGUGGAUCAGGGGCAGGCAAUCUAAGAGUGUUGGUUCAGAACAAGAUCAAUCAAAGGGAUGUUACUACCUUAUUUGGUAUUACUGGUGACCAAGGUAACACAUGGCAUACAAUUACAGUUGAUGUUGGAUUCCAUAAUGCAGGAUACCAGGUUAUAUUUGAUUCUAUGCCUUCUCCAUCAUUUGGUUCCUACGACGUAGCUAUUGAUGAUGUAGCCUUCAUUGGUUGUUCUGCAUCACAGGUUUACAAUGGCAGUCUGAAUUGUGAUUUCGAAAAGGGCUUCUGUGGAUACCAUCAAGACACUCAAGAUGAUUUUGAUUGGACACGAACUAAUACGUCAUCACCAACUCAUGGUACUGGACCAGAUCGAGAUCAUACCUCUGGAAAAGGAUAUUACGUGUACAUUGAAACAUCAGCACCACUACGAAAUGGACAGGACGCAGUUUUAGAAACUAGUUACCAGAAUCCUACUAAAGGAAUGUGUCUUCAUUUCUGGUACCAUAUGUUCGGAGCUCAUGUCAAUACACUCAACAUCUACAUGCAACAAUUUGGAAAUUCCACCAAGAGUUUGAUAUGGACAAGAACAAGGAAUAGAGGUAAUCAGUGGUUUUCAGACCAGGUCACUCUAAUCAGUGAUACUAAAUAUAAGGUAAUGAUUGAAGGUAUAGUUGGAGUCAGCUGGCAAGGUGAUAUAGCUCUAGAUGAUUUUACUCUUACUACUGGAGUCUGCAUGCCAUCUAAAUCCUGUGAUUUUGAGACUGAUAUGUGUAGUUUUGAUGAUGAUGGAUCUAAUGGAUAUCAAUGGGUUAGACAUCGUAAUGGAUCAUCUGUUGGAAAUGGACCAGUCGUAGAUCAUACUACUGGAAACUCUGAUGGUUACUAUUUAUACACUGUGCAAACAUCCACCUCUCAAGGAAAUACCGCAAGAAUAGCCAGUCAGACGUUCCAAGGAAUGCCACAGAAAGAGUGUCUUAGAUUCUGGUACCACAUGCAAGGAUCUCAGACAGCUGUUCUCAAUGUAUAUGUGAAGACUGGUAACAUGUUGAACUCCCCGGUAUGGUCUAUCACUGGUGAUUCUGGAGACAUGUGGAUGGCUGGAUAUGUUACUAUACAGACCUCCGGAGUAUAUCAGAUUGCAUUCGAGAGUCUGAAAGGACAAACCAACAGUGAUAUCUCAAUAGAUGAUUUCUCCAUCACACCAGGCCCAUGUCCUGCCGUGGCAAAUUGUAACUUCGAAUAUGAUAUGUGCGGAUUUAUCAAUGGACAGACAAAGAGCGACGUGUUCGACUGGCAAAGAUCUGCUGGCGGUACACUUACCUAUGGUACAGGACCCAGCGUGGACCACACAACUGGAACUGAUCAAGGUUUCUAUGUAUAUGCCGAAGCAUCGGGAAGAAAUCCAAAAGAAAGAGCUUGGUUAUUCAGUCCUUAUCUCAAACCAACUACCAAAUCUUGUAUCUCAUUCUGGUACUUCAUGUAUGGCAGAGAUGUGGGAGCAUUACGAUUGUACAUGCCCAUGCCUAAAAAGACGAUAUUACUAUGGAAUAAGACGGGUGAUCAAGGUAACCAAUGGUUGUAUACACAAGUACAAGUUACCAGUCGAACUGGAUUCCAGUUUACUUUUGAUGCUGAGAUAGGAAAUGGCUUCCAUGGUGAUAUAGCUAUUGAUGAUAUUAGUUACUAUAGUGGAGUUUGUAUGCAGCCAACAACGUCUACGGUUAUACCAACUCAAAAUACUGUUACGUAUGGACCAACCAAUGUGGAUUGUACAUUUGACAAGAACACGAUAUGCAGCUGGACACAAGAUAGUUCUGAUAAGUUUGAUUGGACACUGAUGAAUAAUGCUACUGCUUCAUUUUCUACUGGUCCUGCAGCUGAUCAUACUCAACAGAACAACAAAGGUUACUACAUCUAUACCGAAGCAUCCAAUAAGAAGACCAAUGAUACAGCCAGAAUUCUUUCUCCUGAUAUAAAUGUGGAUACGGUUGGUAAAUGCCUGAUGUUCUGGUACCACAUGUAUGGAUCCAGGGUUGGGAAACUAAACGUAUACGGCAAGCAAGGAGAUUCCGACCCCCUUACAAGUCCAUUAUGGUCUAGAUUCGGUAAUCAAGGCAACCAAUGGGUAUACGGUGAUUUAUAUGUUACUCCACAAACACUAAGUAAACCACAACAAGGAGCAACAACUAUCAAGCUGGUAUUUGAAGGAGUAAUGAAAUCGGGUUAUACUGGUGAUAUUGCUUUAGAUGAUAUCAAAAUGAAAGAUGGAGCAUGUCCAACUGACAUCAAGUGUGAUUUUGAAGCAAGUGAUAUUUGCGGAUAUCAGCAAGACACAACUGAUGAUUUUGACUGGACCAGAAAUCAUGGAUCAACAUCUUCCUCAAGUACUGGGCCCACUACAGAUCACACGUACAAGACACCCAAUGGCUACUAUAUGUAUAUCGAAGCUUCCAGUCCACAGAAGUCAGGAGAAAAAGCAAGAUUGAUUGUGCCCAAAUUACCUAAAACACAAGGAUCAUGUCUUCGAUUCUUCUACCAUAUGAAGGGAAUGGGCAUUGGAACCCUGAAUAUAUACAUUAGACAGUAUAAUCGCAUGAGGAAGGUGUGGACGAGAGGAGGUGAUCAAGGGAAUAUCUGGAGAGCAACUCAGAUUAACUUCAAUUCUUAUGCAACUUACGACAUAUUAUUUGAGGGAGUAAUUGGAUCCAGUUAUAGAAGUGACAUCGCUAUAGAUGAUGUAGAAAUUCUUCCACGAUCAUGUGCAUUCCCUGCUGGUUGUGAUUUUGAGAACGACAUGUGCACAUGGAUAAAUAAUGAAUCUAGUGAUGAUUUUGAUUGGCUUAGAGGUAAAGGAUCUACUGGAUCACAGGGCACGGGACCUUCUACUGAUCAUACACUUGGGACAAGAAAUGGCUAUUACCUCUACAUUGAAUCCUCAAGACCACGUGUUCAAGGUGACAUGGCUAGAAUAGAAUCAGAGGUACUCUUAAUGAAAAAUGGUGCCUGUAUGACUUUCUGGUACCACAUGUAUGGACAAUCCAUUGGUAGUUUGAACAUCUAUGUCAAUCCUCUAAACAUUUCUGACUCUGUACCAUUAAACAGAAUUUGGUAUCGAGAAGGCGAUAACGUUAAUAAAUGGCAGAAUGCUGCCAUAUCGAUCAAGAAUGUCGGAGAAUAUACGAUUCAGAUAGAAGGUGUAGUCGGAACUGGAUACACAAGUGACAUAGCAAUUGAUGACAUCAGGAUUAAUCCUGGAUUAUGUUCUACCACCAGUGCCACUGGAUCCGAUUUCAAAUGUCUAGAUGGAUCUGGUACAGUUACAAGUGACAAGGUUUGUGAUUUUGUGUCGGACUGUGCUGAUAGUUCAGAUGAACUCAACUGUGGAAACUGUACUUUUGAGAAAGACAUGUGUAAAUGGAGUGAUCAAAGUACUGGAAGUUAUUCCUGGAUAUAUGCAACAAAUGGUACCUCUACUUUGAAAAAUGCACCACAAAAUGAUCACACAUUUGGAAACAGCUCUGGGCAUUUUUCAUUGGUAGACUACUCAACUGGACGCAAUUAUCAAAUGUCUUUACUGAAGAGUCCUACACUAAGGCACACUUCUUCAUCCUGCCAGAUUUCAAUCUAUUACUAUGCGCUUAGUAGAUACAGUUACUUAGAUUUGAGUAUCCAAGUGGGCUAUGAGAUAACGUUAAUCAAGAGAUUGAAUGUCGGUAGUCUUGUUUCGUCAUGGGCUUCAGCAACGGCAGAUAUUGGUGGCAUGAGAGGAGACUUCAAUAUUCUAAUCGAGUCCAGGGCGUUUUUUGCCAUUGAUGACAUAACUCUUACUAAUUGUCAGCUUCCACCAGUCCAAAAAUCCUGCCCCAGCAAUAUGUUUAGGUGUCAGCGCGGAUCUUGUAUUCCUAAACAGCAACUGUGUGACUUUACGGAUGACUGUGGAGAUGGAAGUGAUGAAUCGGACAAAACAUGCGUAGGAGCCGUUGGAUGCACUUUUGAGAAGUCUGCAUGUGUGUGGCAGCAGAGUAAGAUUGACAAAUUUGACUGGUUAAGACAUAAGGGACCAACAUCAUCCUCCAGCACAGGACCUACCAGAGAUCAUACCACAAGACUUAGCUCUGGUUACUUUAUGUACAUUGAGGCAUCAAGACCACGAAAGAAUGGAGACAUGGCCCAACUUAUCAGUCCAACCAUAUCACCAGCUUCGACCUCUGACCAAUGUUAUUUCACCUUUUAUUAUCACAUGUAUGGAAAAGGCACUGGAACGCUUUCAAUAUUCACGUGGUACAAGAUUGGUGGAGCAAGACAAGUUCUUUGGACAAAGAAAGGAAACCGUGGAGAUUUCUGGGAGAGGGCUAGUGUGCAGCUAACACGUUCAACCCAAUUCCAAGUAGUCAUUGAAGCAACUGUUGGAACCUCAUACUAUGGAGAUAUUGCAAUUGACGAUGCUAUUUUCUCACCAGGGUGUAAAUUGUUCGGUGUGACACUACCCUCGGCCAUCACUCCACCUGCAACAACAGCACCAACUGUCAGCAACUGUCCAAAUGGCCAAUUCCAGUGCAAAGAUAACAAUGGCUGUAUCCCAAUGUCACAAUAUUGUGAUUUCAACAUAGAUUGCCUCGACAAGUCAGAUGAAGCAAUGUGUGGAGCUUGUAGUUUUGAACAAGGUUCUUGUGGAUGGAUAGAUGCAAGUACUGGAAAAUACAACUUUACGGUGUUACAAGCCAACCCAAAUGCAAUCAAAACGGACCACACCCUUAACUCCGCUAAUGGUCAUUAUGCCUUUGUUGAAGGAUCUAGGGGACUUUUCUUCAGUCCAGCAAAACUACAGAGUCCCCCAUUACCCGCUGCAUCUAGAUAUUGCACAAUGUACUUUUACUACCUUAUGAAUGGUCAGAAUGCAGGCAAACUUUCCGUAUCCGUAAACGUGAACGGAACAUCAAAGACAGUCUGGUCAGUCUACGGUUCACAAAACAGCUUCUGGAGGAGAGGAAUCGCUUAUAUCGGAAGAACAUUUGGAGCAAUGACAAAAGGUUCUAUCGUUCAGUUUAUGGCAACACCGGCUCGUGGAUUUACCGCUUCAGCAACAAGUGAUGUUGCUAUUGAUGACAUUUCUUUCGUCCGAUGUGACCCAAAGAUAUACCCUCCAGAUCUGAAAUGUAGUUUCAAUGUUGACUACUGCAGCUGGGUUCAAAGCACAACUGACGAUUUUGAUUGGACAAUGGGUAACUCUACCAUCAAAUCCUAUGGAACUGGACCUUCCUAUGACCAUUCCUACCGAAAGAAUGGUAAUUAUGUUCUGAUGCGUUCAAGAGGCCAACGAAAAGGAGAUAUGGCAAGAUUGGAAACAGCUACUCUUGGACCAACUACGUCCACUGGUCAUUGCUUUAAAUUCUGGUACUACAUGUAUGGAUCGGGUGUCAGCUCACUUACUAUUUACCAACUCGGCAGUGACGGAACUGGACAGUUCACCAACUCGACAAUCUUCUGGUCGAAGAAAGGAAGUCAAGGAGACAAGUGGAUUCAAGGUGCAAGAACAAUCUAUUCAAAUACUGAAUACAUGAUAUCCAUAGAGGGAUUAGUAGGUGGCUACAGAGGAGACAUUGCACUGGAUGACUUCACUGUUUCGGCUGGUAGAUGUCCGGCAUCCCACACCUGCACCUUUGAAGAUAACAACUUCUGUGAAUGGGAUCAAUCCACAACUGGUCAAUUUGAUAAUUUUGAUUGGUCUAUCGGAAGUAGAACAUCAUCCCGAGGAACUGGACCAUCAGUUGACCAUACAUUUGGUUCCUCUUCUGGACAUUAUGCAUUUAUUGAAGCUUCCGGGCGUAAAGAAGGGGAUAAAGCUGUGUUGAUCGGUCCUCUUUUAUCAAGAGCCACAUCUGGAAAUACCUUCUUUGGUGGAAAGUGUUUGAAAUUCUAUUACCACAUGUACGGUCCAACAACAGGGUCACUGAAUAUUUAUAUGAGAAAUAAUGGUUCAUCAACAUCAAAUCUGUUAUGGACUGAAUCUGGAGAUCAAGGAGACGUUUGGAGAAGAGGCGAAGUUUCAUUCAGAGGAAAUAGAUUAACACCAUUCAGAAUACUGAUUGAAGCUGUAAGAGGAUCAAGUUAUACAGGAGAUAUUGCUAUAGAUGAUUUAGAUGUUACUCAAGGAUAUUGUCCAGCACAGGGAGCGUGUAAUUUCGAAGACGACACCUGCGGAUAUAUCAAUGUUCAAGGCGAAGACGAUUUCAAUUGGGUAAGAGACUAUGGAGGGACACCAAGUUCAAACACAGGACCUUCAACCGACCAUACACUGAGAUCUUCUGCUGGGUAUUAUAUGUACAUUGAAACAUCCGGAUUCGCAACUAAACCCGGGUCGAAGGCCUGGCUUCAGAGUGAAACUAUACAAGGGACAUCAUCAAGUAGUUCCAGCAGUAGCUUCUGUCUGACCUUCUACUAUCACAUGUAUGGCGCUGGAACAGGUGCACUCAAUGUUUAUUCAAGAGUGAGCGACAACCCACUAUCUCUGAUCUGGUCUGUCACUGGAAAUCAAGGCAAUGUGUGGCACAAGGCUCAAGCUACCAUCAAUGAGUAUGAUUUUGCAAUAAUAUUUGAAGGUGUCAAAGGGAACAACAUUACAGGCGACAUUGCUAUCGACGAUGUGAAUGUAGGGAAAUAUGCAUGUUACAGAGUUACUCCAAUCACUCAGCCAACUGUAACACCGACACCUACUUAUCAACCAUCCAAUCUUGACUGUGAUUUCGAACUUGGAUUCUGUUUUUGGAAACAAGACAAAGUAGAUGACUUUGAUUGGUCUAGACAUGCCGGGGAAACUGAUUCCAAAUUUACGGGACCUUCAGCUGAUCAUACCAUUGGCAAUAAUCAAGGAAAUUACAUCUACACAGAAGUGUCUCGGAAAAAGACCAACACCACAGCAAGAUUGAUCAGUCCUAGCGUUACAAUUGGAACACAAGGAAUAUGCUUCAAAUUUUGGUACUACAUGUUCGGCGCAAACAUCAACAGAUUAAGCAUAAAGGUCAAGAACGGCGUAAACGAAACAACUGUAUGGACAAGAGCUGGAAAUGUAGGACCUUCCUGGAAGUACUUCCAGAUCUUCUUACAGAACAUGAGUGGGCCAUCAAACAUAAUCAUCCAAGGAUACUCUGGUCAAUAUUAUAUGGGUGACAUUGCUGUAGAUGAUGUGUCGAUGAACCAAGGAAAUUGUCCAUCAUACGCAGCAUGUGAGUUUGAAGGAGGAAUGUGUGGUUAUGUCCAAGAUGUUGAUGAUGAUUUUGAUUGGAAGUUACAAAGUGGUGGAACAACAAGUGGGGGAACUGGUCCUCAAACGGACCACUCUUUCAAGACCAAGUUUGGACACUAUGUCUACAUAGAAUCAUCGAAUCCACAACGCCCUGGAUACAAGGCAAGAAUCACAUCACCAAUAAUUCAACCGACAACAGGUUCUUGUCUCCAGUUUGCUUACAAUAUGUACGGAAGAACAGUGGGAACACUGAAUGUGUAUCAGAGAUAUGGAUCUGGUUUAGGUCAUCCAAUCUGGUCUUCUUCCGGAAAUCAAGGCGACGAAUGGCACAUAAGGCAAAUCAAUAUCCAGUCUAAUCAACAAUUUGCCAUCACUUUUGAGGGAAUCGUUGGAAAUGGAUACACGGGAGACAUUGCAGUAGAUGAUAUCCAUAUUUUGUCAAGAAUGUGUGAGCCCUCUGGAAGCUGCGACUUUGAAUCAGGUCUUUGCGAAUGGGAAAAUGUUCUCACUGGUGAUGAUUUUGAUUGGGUGAGACUAAAAGGAUCAACUACUACAACCAACACCGGUCCCGGUAAAGAUCAUACAACAGGAAACAAGUAUGGGGUCUACCUGAAUAUGGAAUCGUCUGCUCCUCAAAAACCUGGAAACAAAGCAUGGUUACAGUCGCCUCCGUUUGCUAAUGCAACGACUAAAUGUAUGAGUUUUUGGUAUCACAUGCAAGGAACAACAAUGGGUACACUUAAUAUUUACAAACUCGCUUAUGGUACUAAAAAAGAAAAUAUAUGGUCCAAAACUGGUAACCAGGGUUCUGAUUGGCUAAAUGCUCGUUUGACUGUCAGUUCUACUAAUGGUGACUACAUCAUUGCCUUCGAAGGAGUUGUUGGUAGUGGCUUUUCGAGUGACAUUGCUAUUGAUGAUAUAUAUAUCCAAGAUGGAGAUUGUAGCACCCUACCACCUCAACUCACUUUCAAUUGCCCUCAAGGAAAUGUCGUUAACGGUGACAAGGUAUGCGACUUCUAUCCAGAUUGCGCCAACGGAGAAGAUGAAGUGUUCUGUGGAUAUAACUGUACAUUUGAUAACGGCACAUGUAAAUGGAACAACACAAAACAGAGUUCCUACAGUUGGACCAGAUUCCGAGGCGCAACUCCGGAUUCCAACACAGGACCAUCUAUGGAUCACACAACUCUGACUGCAUCUGGUUAUUACAUGUAUGUCGAUGCAUCUAAAGGCAAGAAUUACGCAUAUGCUCAAUAUGAAAGUCCAACACUUUCGGCAUCAGCCACAUCAUGUUCCUUCUCAUUCUGGUAUCACAUGUAUGGUAAACAAGUUGGAUAUCUUUACGUGGUGAAAAAGGAAGGGCAGACAUCAACUACUUUAUGGAAUACUAAAGCAGAUCAUGGCAACAAAUGGAACAAGGCACUAAUACCAAUUGGUCGUACCCAAGCUCAUUUUACGGUACAAAUAGUAGCUCGAAGAAGCUAUGGUGUUUUGGGAGAUAUUGCAAUUGACGAUAUUCAAUUUUCUCAUUGUGAUUUACCAAGACCGAAUGGACCGUGUCAAGCUAGCCAAUUCCAAUGCCAAAAUCAAGUCUGCAUUGAAAACUUCCGAGUUUGCGAUUUUGUUGAUGAUUGUGGAGAUGGAUCAGAUGAAAUUGAUUCAAAAUGUUCCUCCUACAAACUCUGCAACUUUGAACGCGGAAUAUGUGACUGGCGACAAGAUCGCAAUGACAACUUCAAUUGGUACAGAAAUCGUGGUGCUACUCGAUCUAUGUUGACUGGCCCUAGUUAUGAUCAUACUUUAAUGAAUCCAAGAGGUUAUUACUUGUAUGUGGAAUCGUCCCAACCGCGAUUACCGGGAGACAAAGGAAGACUGAUGAGUACUUAUUUCCAGGUAUCUUCAUCGGACACAUGUUCUUUGAGAUUCUAUUACAUGAUGUAUGGCAAAGAUUGUGAUACAUUGGCUAUUUAUAAGAGGACUACAAUUGGUGGUGGAAUGACCAUGUUAUGGAAACGAACUGGCGAAAUAGGAGAUUAUUGGGUAAUCCAGGUCAUAGACAUCAAGGAACCACAGCCUUUCCAAAUCAUUAUCGAGGGAACAGUUGGCAAGUCAUAUUACAGCGACAUAGGAAUCGAUGAUAUUUCGUUCACACCUGGAUGUGUGCCAUACACAGGAACUCUGCCGACAGGAGUACCCAUGAUAGGAACAACUCCACCAAAUCCAUGUGGUGUUGGAAAAUGGACAUGUGUUAACAAGGCAUGUAUCCAGGCCCAGGGACUCUGUGACUUUAGAAAUGAUUGUACAGAUGGAUCGGAUGAAGCAAACUGUGGAGCAUGUGACUUCGAAAAAGGAACUUGUGGUUAUGUUGACAUCAGUACUGGUAUAUACAAAUGGGAGAGACAUAAUGGUACCACAAAAUCAUCUGUUUCCGGACCUUCCAAUGACCAUACCUUUGGUAAUUCAGGCACUGGUAAUUUCCUCUUUGUUGAUUCUACAAAAGGAUCCAAUUUUGGUAGAGCGGUGAUCCAGUCCCAUGCGUUUGGUCCAACAGAUGCUAAUUGUGAAGUUCAGUUCUGGUACCAGAAGACAGGCACACAACGUGGUGUAAUGCAACUUUACCUUGUUCCUCCAAAUGUUCGUGGAGAUGAUCUUAAUAAUUUAAUUUUACUGUGGACAGCUUUCGGAGAUAAAGGAAAGAACUGGGUUCAAGCAAGUUCUGGCAUUGGAUUGCGUCAAGCUGGAUAUAGCUUGUCAUUCCAAUCACUACAGAUGCAGAAAUCAGGAGACAUGGCCAUUGAUGACAUUUCUUUUAAGAACUGUGCUUUGAAACAGAACCAGUCUUCUUGCCUACCAAAUCAAUUUCAUUGUAAGAGUGGACCAUGUAUCGAUAACUCACAACUUUGUGAUUUUACUGAUGACUGUGGAGAUAACUCAGAUGAAUUGGCCUGUAUGAGUUAUCCAGAAAGAUGCAAUUUUGAGAAAGAUACUUGCAACUGGAUUCAAGAAAAGACUGAUAACUUUGACUGGAGGCGAUCUUAUGGCAAAACAACAACUUUAGGAACUGGACCUGAUUUGGAUCAUACUUACGGAAAUACCACGGGAAACUACAUGUACAUUGAAACAUCAUGGCCACGAAAACCCAACGAAACAGCUGUACUCUCUAGUCAAGUAUUUUCACCAACAACGUCUGGAAACUGUAAAAUGAGAUUUUUCUACUAUAUGUUUGGAGUCCAAGUUAAUAGUUUGAAUAUCUACAUGAAAUCCGUGGUUGUCGGACCGAAAAAUCCUGUUUGGACGAAGCAAAAUUCUGUAGCAAACGAAUGGAAAAAAGGUGUUGUGACGCUAUCUAGUACCGUUCCUUUCCGUAUAAUGAUUGAAGGCGUUACCGGAACUGGUUUCAAAGGAGAUAUUGGUCUGGACGAUAUAUCAUUCACACCUGACUGUAAAAUUGCACCAAGAUCAGUCACUCUGCCACCCAGUAUAACGACGCCAGGACCCUGCGGUAUCGGCAAGUUCCAGUGCGCCACCAGCCAGAAAUGUAUUUCUUCAACUGCUGUGUGCGAUUUUAGAGAAGAUUGUGAUGAUUUGUCUGAUGAAUCAAGCUGUCCAAAAACUUGUGAUUUUAACACAGAUCUUUGUUCGUGGAAGAAUGUUAUUGGUGUAAAUAAUCUCAAUUGGACGUUGAUGUCAGCACCAAUGAAAGACCAUACAACCAACUCCAACAACGGCAAGUAUGCAAUUAUUCAGGCAUCAAGCACUAUGAAGUAUGGACAAGCAGCAAGACUAUCGAGUCCACUCUAUUUCCGAGCUGGUGUGACUUGUCAAUUUAGUUUUUGGUACGCAAUCAAUGGUACAGGAUUUUACCCUUUCAACCUUAUCAUGUCAUCGGGUGGAUCUGAUAGAGUCCUCUGGAAAUUGAACAGAAUUAACAACGUUGCAAACCAAUGGCAUAAUGUCACAGUAGACCUUCCGUCAUGUUCAUCUGAAUUUAGCAUGAUUUUCACUGCUCAAUUCUUUACUAGUAGAACUCCUGGUUCCUAUAUAGCUAUUGAUGACGUGGCCUUUGUUAACUGCGGUCUACCGGAUCCUCAACCAACUUGCGCUGCUGAUCAGUAUCGCUGCGGUACUGGACACUGUAUCGAUCAAAAAUUCAGAUGCGAUUUUGCCACAGAUUGCUGUGAUGGGACAGACGAAAAGACAGACACGUGUAAAGGUUAUAAUAUGUGUGACUUUGAAGUAAAUCUCUGCAGUUGGACUCAAGAUACUAAUGAUAACUUCGACUGGUCAAGGCAUAGUGGACGAACUACUUCUUUUGGAACUGGUCCAACAGUUGAUCAUACUACAGAUGCUGCAGUAGGACAUUAUCUUUACAUUGAAUCCUCAACACCACAGAAACUAAAUGAUGUUGCGAGACUUUUAUUCAACCUCCCACCAUCGAAAGGAAAGAAUUGUGAACUUCAUUUCUGGUAUCAUAUGUAUGGAACACAUAUUGGAGGUCUCAACAUUCUUACAAGAACGAUUGGGGGUAAAGAAAAAACUAUUUCGUCUCUAGCAAAGAAUCAAGGAAAUUCUUGGAUGCGACAAUCUGUAAAUAUUUACAACAAUGUCGAAUUUCAAGUAAUAAUCGAAGGAAAAGUUGGUGUAGGCUUUAAAGGAGAUAUUGCGAUAGAUGAUAUUAGUUUGACACCAGAUUGUGGUGCAGGAGGCAUACAUCCAUUACUUCCGUCAACCACAACACCACAGCCUACGUUCCCCCCGUGUGCUUCCAACCAGUUUCAAUGCAAAUCAGAUGGCAAAUGUGUUAGUCUCUCACAGAUUUGUGACUACAGUAAAGAUUGCAGUGACGGUUCUGAUGAAAUGUACUGUCCAUCCACAUGCGAUUUUGAACAGAACAAUUGUGAUUGGAACUACACAGCACAGCCAUUCGACUGGUUACGAUCUAAUGGAAUCAACACUGCCAACCAACGAGCAAAUGCACCACUUAAUGAUGCCUCUAGUGGGAGUCCUAACGGCCACUAUGUCUUUGUCAAUGACCAAACUGGUGGAAGUCCAAAUUUUAAGAAAGCUGUUCUUACCAGUCCUUCAUAUGCUUCAGCAAAAUCUGAUUGUAAAGUGAGAUUUGCCUAUUACAUCCAUGGACAAGCAGUUGGAUAUUUAAGAUUGAAGAUUUUGGAAGAUGGAAAAACAUCUACUUUAUGGAGAUUAAGCAAUCAACCUGGUUCUGAAUGGAGUUAUGUAACAGUUGGAAUUGGCAGAAGGGCUGACACUUUUAAGUUGUCUUUUGAAACAUCAAGUCUUCAAAAAUUUAGCGGGGCCAUAGCUAUCGAUGAUAUUAAAUUUAUGGAUUGUGCUAUGCCACCUAGAACUGGAAACUGUCUUCCUGGCCAGUUUGUGUGUAAGAAUAAUGCGUGUGUUGAUCAAGAUAAAACUUGUAAUAUCAUUGAUGAUUGUGGUGAUGCAUCGGAUGAAAUGGACAAUGACUGUCAGUCUACCAUUCAGUUUGACUUUGAAGCUGAUUACAGUGACCUAUCUCAAGGAGUUGAUGGCACGGAUGAUGACUUUGAUUGGGUUUUAUGGAAAGGAAACACACCCACUAGCUUCAGUGGACCCGAUCGAGAUCAUACGACUGGUUUAGAGACUGGACACUACAUGUACAUGGAAUCUUCCGCCCCUAGGAAAUACGGACAAAAAUCAUGGCUACUAACUAAACCUAUCCAGAUCGUUGGCGAUGAAGGUUGUUCUUUAAGGUUCUUUUUUUACAUGUAUGGUAUACAUAUCAACCAAAUGGCUGUGUAUUACAGAUCGUACAACUCAGGACCACCAACUAAACAGGUGUGGUUUGCAAGUCAUAACCAGGGUGCCUAUUGGCAGAAUGCUGUUGUGAAGUUUACAAACGAUUCGCCAUUCCAAGUAAUAUUUGAAGCAGUCGUUGGUGACAGCUACAUGGGAGAUGUUGCCAUAGAUGAUAUAUCAUUCACUGCAGGAUGCCAGUAUUCAACAGAAGCCCUUCCAACACCACCACCAUAUUUGACAAGCUCCAUUGGGCCAACUGCGUCUACUGCUCCUCAUACAUGCGACCUUAGUUUCCAAAUUAACUGUAAGAGUGAUGGCAGAUGUAUUGAUCUGAAACAACUGUGUGAUUUCACUAGUGAUUGCGCUGAUAACUCUGACGAAGCAAGUUGUGCCUCAUCUAUAUGUAACUUCGAUGAUGGUACAACGUGUGGGUGGAUGAUCAAUUCUACUUCACAAGCCGGUGUGGGAGAAACAUACAGAUGGAAAGUGGAUAUUGCUAGUAGUUUUACAGGCCAAGACUUUGUUCCCAGUACUGAUCAUACUUCUAAUUCACCUAAUGGUUAUUAUCUUUGGGUGGACAGCUCACCAGGAUCAUACAAGGAUGUGACACAAGUUCACACGCCACCUAUUGGACAGACUGGACCACAAUGUAAACUGGACUUCUGGUAUUUUAUGAAUGGACCUUCAGUUGGUAGUUUGGAAGUCGAGACCAAAUAUGGUGAUCAAAGUACAAUGAUCUGGUCUAAUAAUGGCAACCAUGGCACUGCGUGGCAACAUGCUGUACUUCUGAUUGGUUCAAGGACUGAUUUCGAGGUGAUCAUCCAAAGUAAGCGUGGAAGAACAUACCGUGGUGAUAUAGCAAUUGAUGAUGUUAAGUUUGUGGACUGUGUACCACCAAUGCCUAUGAUAGGGGGUUGUUCUAGUGACCAACUGACUUGUGGUAAUGGAUAUUGUAUACCUAUUGUACAGAAAUGUGAUUAUGCUAAUGACUGUGGUGACAAUUCAGAUGAAAGUGUGAUACAAUGCGAUCAAACUUACAAAGGAAGAUGCAAUUUUGAAAAUCUACUUUGUCCGUAUUGGACACAGUUAAUAAAUGACAACUUCGAUUGGACAUUGUCGAAUGGUGUGACUAAAACAAUUGGAACAGGACCAAGUAAUGAUCAUACUACACUCAGCAACAAAGGCAAUUACCUAUAUAUUGAAUCAUCCUAUCCACAUAAGGCAGGACAAGUUGCUAAACUAGGUUCACAAUCUAUCAGUGGCAUGUCUCAAGACUGCAGUUUACGUUUCUGGUAUCAUAUGUACGGAGUUGAUAUUGCCGACCUAACAGUCUACAAACAGUUUGAUUAUGGCGGAGAUGGUCGCACCCUGAUUGAACAGAUAUCUGGCAACCAAGGUGAUAUUUGGUUAAGGAGAGAGGUUGACAUAGCCAAUGAAGCUGGUGACAAUCGAGAUUUUAUGAUUGUAUUUGAAGGAAAGGUUGGAAAAGGAUAUCAUGCUGAUAUUGCUAUUGAUGAUUUAUCUUUAACGCCUGGCUGUGAAGAUGGAGGACCCCUUACUGGUCAGCCUACUGCCCCCAGUGUAACCAAUGCAAUGUGUGAUGAUGAUACAUAUAAAUGUAAGAAUGGUAAAUGCUUCUCGGCCAAUCAGCAAUGUGAUUUCUUUAACAACUGUGGUGAUUCAACUGAUGAACUAACUUGUGGAACAACAUGUACGUUUGAAAAUGGCGAAUGUGGCUGGAGAAAUAAUCAACGAGAUAAUCUAGAUUGGCAGACACAGAAGGGACCAACAUCAUCUAAAAACACAGGACCAGGAGCUGACCAUACCACUGGUACUGCAGCAGGAACUUAUCUUUAUCUUGAAUCAAGUUUCCAUAGCCCAGGCGACUUUGCCAUUUUGGAAACGGAAGAAUACCAAAUUAGCGGAGCUGCAUGUUCAAUGUCUUUCUGGUACCAUAUGUACGGAACAACUGUGGGAACUUUAUCAGUUCUCUUGAAGACGGAAGUCGAUGGAAUUAUAAGUAAAUGGUCUAAGUCGGGCAGUCAGGCAAACCAAUGGAAUCAAGCUACAGUCACUAUCGGCAGUAAGAGAAACUUCGUCGUCAUGUUCAAAGCUUCAAUAGGAACUAGUUACCGUGGUGAUAUAGCUAUUGAUGAUGUGCAGUUUAAUAACUGUGAAUACAGUUCAAAGAGUAAAUCCUGUACAGAUCGUGAAUUUAUGUGCGCUAACAAACAGCAGUGUAUACCAAUAAAAUACAAAUGUGAUGGACAGAAGGAUUGUCAAGAUAAUUCUGAUGAAGCUUCUUGCUUGUCUGUGAAUGGAGAUUGUCAUUUUGACAGUUCUAAUUGGUUAAGUUAUUGUAAAUGGCAACAGAGUACAACUGAUGAUGGUGAUUGGUUGUUGGCAGCUUCCUCCCAGAAUUCUGGAACUGGUCCUAAAGUUGAUCAUAGUGCUACGGCUGGUGGACAAUACAUCUAUAUGGACAGUCGAAUUCAAUCUGUUGGAGAUAUUGUUAGUAUCGCAUCACCACCAUUCAUUGCUAGUAUUGGAGUGUGCUAUGUUCGAUUCUACUACUACAUGUCAGGAUCAGCCAAUAUUGGACCUUUGAGAGUAUACACUGUGAACAGUGAUAAGCAACGUGAACUGAUGUGGUCAAUGACUGGAAACAAGGGUGCAGCAUGGCAAUACGCUAAUAUACCAGUUGGUAAUAGUAAGAACUAUAGUGUAGUAUUCGAGGCAGAACAUGCUGAUGGAAAGCAGAACGAUGUAGCCAUUGAUGAUGUUACGUUUACACAAGGCUGUGUAACUGGAGCAAUCUACAAUGCUUCCAGACAAUUCGACUGUGAUUCUCAUCAUUUCUACUGUACACCAACUAAACAAUGUCUUCCAACAGCCUGGCUCUGUGAUGGUGUCACUGAUUGUCCUGAUGGAGUCGAUGAACCCAAUGAAUGCAAGGGUAUUAGUCCAGUUACAGGAGGUCCCAAAACUCUGCCACCAACCACCCCGGCACCUGUUACAGCUGCUACUAAUACUUGUGGUUAUGGUAAAUAUACCUGCGCUGACAAAGUCUGUAUCUCAGCUGCUUUCAUUUGUGAUGGUGUUAAGGAUUGUAGUGGUGGUGAAGAUGAAUACAUAUGUGGAAAUAAAUGCAAGAAGGGAUAUUAUAAAUGUGAAUACAGUCAAAAUUGUAUCAAAAUAUCAACACAAUGUGAUGGUACGCUAGACUGUACUAGUGAUAGAUAUGAUACUAUUGGACAAGAUGAAGCUUUCUGCAAUGUCGGAUGUCAAAACAACCCAUGUCAAAAUGGAGGAACAUGCACAGUGGGUAUUAAAGGAAAAUUCACUUGCAAGUGCCCGACUGAUAUUACUGGUGGAAGAUGUCAAGUUAAACUAGGAGUUAAUUCACCUCAAACAGGAUCUAGUGGUAAAUGGCCUAUACCAGUUGGUAUUGUGUUAGCUCUGGUAUUUAUAGCUUGUUUCUUAGGUCUUGGCUAUUAUCUUAAAGUCAAGAAAAAUUGGCAAUUCAAAUUACCAGCACCAUUGUUACGAAGACAGGUUAGCUCUGCAGGUGUGGAAAAUCCUGUAUAUGAUUAUGGAUCAGGAAAUAUCCAAAUGGAUGAUAUACAUCAACUUGAACCACCAGCUUUUAAAGCUGAUGAUCCUUCAACUUCCAUCACCAAUCCUCUUUACUCGGAUUAGAUACCCAACUGAACCCCGGACUAUGUUCUUAUAAUUACUAUUAUAUAUAUGCAUUAAAGAUACUUACCAAAAAGACGUUACUUAUGUAAAUUUGAAAUAACAAAAUGAUGUAAAAUUAUAUUCUAAAUGUAAAUUUUACAAAUAUAUCUAAAUUGUUAAUUUAUUGUAUAUGUAAAUUUGUUUAUUAUGUAAUUGUUAAUAUGAUAUUAAAUUUGUUGAGUUUC